GCUGCCUUGCCAAGCUACCCUGUUACCUUUUUACCCAGCUAAAUCCUGCCCCCUUUUCCAAUUCAUCUGCCUCAGCAGCCAAAAACACUGCGACGUCACUCAUAAUUCAUUCUAUCGCUGUGAGAUUUUUUUAGGAAUUCAUUAAACUACCACUUUGGAAGAAUUUGCAUACAAUGGGUAAUUUGAAUUUCCAUUCCAGGCACACAACCGCCAAAUUACCAGCAGAGAAUCGACCCAGUUGCAGAACAUCCGUCUGUCCCUUUCCUCUAGACUAUCCAUACGAUCUGCUUGCAUUGAUCUAUGUCAUGAAUACACUAUGUCAAAUCCUAAAUGAUCGCCCUAAGAGUUUAUAUAGGUUAUGCAAUGUCAAAAAUGGGUAACAUGACCAAGUCUGUCCAUAACCUUGCCUUUAUGUACCAUAUGUAUAUGUUGGCUGAGUCAGUAUGGAGAAUCGCAUCAUUUUCUCUCAACAUCGCCGUCGAAGGGGC